AACUGUGAGGGAACACCUUACUAGUGAAGCAACAGUGUACACCUAGACAUGUAUUACCUGUGAAACGAUAAAGAUCAAAUAUGUCAAAUCGUUUUGAUGUGUGUUGAUACCGAACUUAACGACCCUUAGGGUGACAGGUAUAUGUGUAUACAGGAAUCGGAUUCGUCAGAAGGAAGCCCCCAUUCGUGACGUCACGAUUCGGUGAUGUUUAGUAUAUAUAUUGUACAAAUAGGGCACGUGUUUAUAUAUCUGCGACCUCAACCUGUUAUCAUUUACACGACUGGAGUUACAUCCAUGAAUGAGCCUUGCCAAUCGAGCACGCCUCUUUCUAAAAGCUCAAUGUACACGCAGCUCGAUGACAGGUCCCGCCUCGCAUUGUCUGUAAUGUUUAAAUAGGCGGUCUGUGUGUAUUUGGAUCAUACCUUUACUACACGUGUUUGUGGACGGUCUGGACACUGUCACUGGACGCUAUCAAUACCACACACUGUUCAUCACAGAUUCUACAAGUCGGACUUGUAUAAAGGAUAAAUCGGAUUAUUUUUACUAAGUUAAUAUUUGAACAUGUGAGUAAGCCAGCUUUACUCGCCUUACUUGUUCUUGCGUAAGAGCCAAUAUCGUAGAUAAGAUUUCUUUAUAUCUACUGUAUAUAUUUUUUUUCAUUCAGACUUUCCGUUGGACUUGGCCUGUUCAUUCACAAACGUGUCUGAGUGACUACCUGGUAAACGCCCUAGUACUACACUUGUAUUUUCCUAAACCGGUCGCCAUGAGAUCUGAUAUGAAAUGUGACGUUGAGAUCAGUAUCAGUGGUGAUGGGGAGGACUACGAUACAAUCCAGGUCCCCCCGUGUCUCCAAGCUGCUACCCUGGGUUCCAACGAUACCCCCCUCGGACGUACCAAGGACGCUGUCCGACUGCCCAAACGUUAUGUACAACGUCUGUAUCACGCUAGGACAAAUCGGGAGUAUAAACCGUCCCCAACACAGACCAAAGACAGCACGGAAAGCCGAGAAAAGGACCUAGACACGGCAUUGAAAUGGAUCAAACAGGAAAUCAUGGAAAUGAAGGAACAGGACAAAUCCCUGAUGAAACAGUUUAUAGACCUGCGGUCUACCAUUGUACAGUUACGGUGUAUGUUUGAGGUCCAUAGUUCCAGUUCGGAUAUCAGCAGCAUGAGUGGCAGCAACAUGUCUCUUGACGAUGUCCUCAGACCCGGUUCACCGAUGAGCUCCCCCAAUCAUCUGUCACCCAUAGCGGACAUCGACGAAACGACAGAGUUCAGAUCAAGGACAUCUUCUCUCCUCGCACCGUCCAAAAAGUCACCGGUAACGCGCAUCAAGUGGAAAAGUAACGAGUUCAUAUAAGGACCCGGAAGUUGUGUGCAGUAGUGUGUGUUUAUUAAUAUACGAAUCGAACGUCCGGUCGUACUCUGGUGUGUGAAAGAAUUGUGCUAGAUUAUGUUACGGAAGCUUGGCGAAAUGGUAUGAGGAUUGCAAGAAAUUGUAUAUAAAUGUUUGUAAAUGAAGGCGGUACGAAAUGUCAUUUGCAUAGGAAUCGCGUAUAUAAAGUUCCAAAGGAGUGCUGACGGAAAUCGACGUUGACACAUCGUUUUGAGAGUCACACAAACUGUAUUCCUUACGAGAUAUCACUAACCUAUACGAGUGUCUUAACUCACACUGAUACGUUAAGGAAACUCGAAGUUGGGUGGGUGUCCUAUGGUGUCGCCGGACACUUGAGGUGCUGUGACCGACACAUCCGAUAUGUUUUGGCGCCGUGCAUGAGUGAUCAAUCAGGCGGGGUGACUACAUCCGUCUCACGUGACAGGUGCCCUCGAUACAUCAUAUCUAAUGUUAUAAACAUGGCGAGAUGGGACAGAUACACUGACCACUUCAGCUUGUAUCCAAUAUCCGUCCCUGUCAAAACUGAUGAAUACGUGUUUUUAACAUUCCUUUCAACAUUAUGUUUACUUACUAGAUGACCGAUUUCCAUUCUGUAAUCGCGUUUGAUGCAUGUCUAUAUGUUUAUAUUGAAAGAAUUUAUUAAAACGAAUCUUAUCCUAA